CAAUUGCGUGAUCGUCCACGCGGUCUUGGUCUACUGCAACUCCCCACUGGAAUGACCGAUGAACGCUCCGGACCAUUUUUUCCGAAUCUGUACAUUGCUGGUGACAAAGCAGGCAGGAAACCGCAAACCAUCCCGGAUAUUCAUUUACCUGGCCAAACAGCACAAUUCAGUGGACGAUCCGCGUUCAAUCCAUUCACACAGGCUGUAUCAGCAGUAUUUACGGAGGAUUUGGCAGAUUCGUGGGGCGUCGGAUUUGGAGUGCACGGUGUGAAUAAUUUUGGUAUAAAUGUGAAGGAUAAUUUCGAAGCGUAUAGUGAGUUGCCAGCUCUGCAGCACGAUGCGUCAUAUCAGCCGUUUAUCACUGGCUUUACUGUGGGAGCUGAGUAUGAUUCCAUCAAAAUCAGGGAAAUUACAGGUGCCCAUGUUGUAAAUCAUUGUUGUUCAACUUUGCCAUUUUGCUUUGCUUCUAUUCGCUCUUUGUUUAGUAUGUCCGAGUUCUCGUUUUCUUGAAU